AUGUCUGCAAUACUUGCUGCCGUUGUGUUCAUCAAAUCUGUUAGUGGAGCCAGUGCCCUUAGUGGGGUAGCAACAGCCAAAUUAGAUGAUGAGGAGUAUCUUGAUUUCCAGUACAAGGCAUUUAUUAGAUCAGGUGACAUGCCGAGUAUUGAAGAUUUACCGAUCAGCCCUUUAUUCGGUACAGUGACUGGUCCAUGUUCCACACCAUCGAGAAGCCAAGACGGUGGGAAUUACUUUACGUUAUCACGUAAAACUUAUAAUGCGUUUACCAGCACGCAUGUAAUGAUGGAUGUUCCGUGCUUUUAUGACCCAGAUAACAACCGUCAUAGCAGUGUCGCGAACGCUACGAAUGGCAAAGCUAUUUUCUCCACGGCAGGAGAAUUGUUCGUUGGCAAGAAACUUGUGCAGAUUAUUGCAUCCGAUAUCGAAUGGACGUACCAGUCUGUAGAAAAAGCCACCGCCGAUGAAGGAAGUAAAGGGUCCUGGCGCAAAAAUUUGAAGUCAAAGCGCUUAGACUUUGAAGAUAAAUACGUGAAGGCCUCUGGCAACCAGAAAAAAAGACCCGCAAAUUACCACUAUGAUGAUUAUAACAGAGAGUCCAGCACCAGCAGAGGUGCACCCACGAAUUGCGAAGAGCAAGAAGAGGUGGUUUCAAGGUCGACCAAAUUUGCAGAUGCAGUGAGCGUGGUCGUUAAUGACAAGGGCAAGGGUCGCGAAGAGGACAUUGAGAAAUUGAUGGAUUCUCACGAGGAAAAAUCUUGUGAAGGUUCUGACACUGAAUGA